AAAACAAAAUGGGUGGCGCCAAGGCUUGACAACAAAGCGACUGUUGCAGCUUUCAACGGACAUUCAGUCUUCCAGCAAACAAGAUGCUAAAGUUAUUUUGUGUCCUCAAGCGACUACAGAAUUAAGCGACAACGUACAGAGGAGUCUAGCAGUUUUAAAUAAACAGCUAGAAGUGUACAAAUAUCAACAUGGCUUCGAAGACAGACCAACUUCUUAUCGUUUUGUCCAUUCUCGAAGGUCGUCACUUCCCGAAGUGUCCUCGGCUCAGUCUGAUGGUUCAGGCGAGCUUUGAUGGCGAGCAGCUGGCUACAGACCCCGUGGAGCACAGAGAGCAGCCUCAGUUCAUCACUGAGCUGGCCUGGGAGCUUGACCGCAGGACGCUGCACCAGCACAGACUGCAGAGAACUCCCAUUAAGCUUCAGUGUUUUGCUGUUGACUCAGUGAACAAGAAGAGAGAGAGCGUCGGCUACCUUGUCCUGGACCUGCGAUCAGUACAAGAGGUCAAACAGGAGCCUCGUUGGUAUCCAUUGCUGAGCAGUAAAUACACCAAACAGAAACCAGCCCUCCUCCUCGCCAUGGUCCUGGAGAACGACACCAAGCCCUCUGAACCCUCUCCUGAUAGGUUCAAAGCCAAGAAGGCCCCGCCCCGACAAGGUUCUCCAGUAACUGAGCUGCUCCCAGACAAGCUGGAGGCCAUGCUGAUCCCAGACCAGGGUUACCAUCAGGUCGGACCUGCUGAUCGCUGCACUGACAUGUUCGUCCUGUCUGUCACUGUGGCAUUUGCUACCAAACUAGAACAGUUCAUCCCCAGCACUAUGAAGCUGUCAGCAGAGGGCUCCGAGUUCUUCUUCUACUACUCUUUACUGGGAAACGACAUCACCAGCGAGCCUUUCCGCAACCUGCUGAGCCCGGACUUUGAGCCGGAGCGUGCCUCUGUGCGCAUCCGCAGUAGCAAACACAUCCUCCAGACCUUCCUGUCUCAGCAGCCCAGUUUACAGAUCCACCUGUGUUGUGGGAAUCACUCUCUGGGCAGCACAGAGGUGUCGCUCUCAGCUCUGUCUGCCGUUCCUGUGGAUCUGGAGAACAGGGCAGCGACGGUGGAGGGAGCGUUUGUACUCCAACCUCCAAAUCGCAUCAAGCAGACACUGCCGGUUCUGCCUCCUGACAUGCAGCCGACUGUGGGAGUGGCGGUGACUCUGAGGAGGGAGGAGGUCACACCACAGUCUUUAGGGAAUAACGAUGGAGGCAGAGCUCAGACGCUCUCUGUCCAUCCACCUGUCCCCCCUGUUGAACAGAGACCUCAUAGCUCCUCUCCAGUGCGGAAACCUCCUGACUCUCCUCCUCUUCCUCCUCCUUCCUCUCAUACAGAGAGUGAAGCAGAGAGUCUGCUGGAGGAGCUUCAACGUGGCAAAGAGCAGGCAGGACUGGCAGCUGCAGAGUUGGAUGGUCCUGUUCUGCUGCACAGCAAGACUGAGGCUGCAGCUGAAGGCGGAGCAUCCUCAGUCAGUGUCUCUGCUCCCAAAGUGGCCAUUCCCUCCUCCGCCCAUCACUACUGCUUCUCUCUGGACCUCCGCGGCCUGGGGAAGCUCAGCCUGAUGCACCCCAUCGCUGCUACGCUCAGGUAUUCGUAUCAGUUCUUUGGCAGCGCGGCUCCUAUCAUGACAAACCCUCCAGUGGAGCUGCAGAGGAACAUGGAGGUGUCUCUGCCUCAGUCCUACUGUGCCUUCGACUUUGCUGCCCUGCCACAGCAGCUACAGGACACCUUCCUCAGAGUUCCUCUGGUGGUGGAGGUUUGGCACAGGGACUCCUCCAGCAGAGACCAGCUGAUUGGGCGGGCGUCCAUCCAGCUGUCUCAACUGCUGAGCUCUGAGAGGAGCCGAUUGUUGGCAUCAACAGGAGAGCGGAGCUGGAGACAGACUCACCAGGAUCGAAUCCCCGUGUUCAAAGCACAACGACCCAGUGAGAAGGUCGCAGAGCUGAGCUACGUGGUGACACUGGAGGACCUGGGCUUGGUUAAAGCCACAGAGGUCGUUGUGUCCGAGUCUUCACAGAACGAACCUGUAGACCCCACACAACUGUCCUCCCACCCUGCAGUACCCAGACCUGCUCAGCUCAGCCUGCCCCCCACCGCGCCGGGCCCCACGGCCCCCAGAGACACCCUGGAGUACCGCACGGCCCUGGAGCUGGAGCUGUGGAAGGAGGAGCAGGAAGAUCUGUUCGAUGAUCAGCUGAGGAAGAAGGAGCUGAGCCACAUGCAGGCGCUGGCGGAGGAGUGGAGGAGGAGAGACAGGGAGAGAGAAGCUCUGGUUAAGAAGAAGGAGAUGGAGUAUAACAUGUUGGAGGAGCAGUUACAGAAGACUCUGUCCGACCUGGAGAGGAGAGAGAAGCAGCUGGCUGAGGGCGAACUGGAGACCCAGAGAUUGCAGAGGGAGCUGCGAGCUGAACACGAUCUGGCCCAGAGGGAGCUGCAGGAGAGUCGCAGGAGGCUGCAGCAGGAGUGUGACCACCGGGUGGCGCUGGAGAGAGACAAAGUGCGACUGAUGGAGGAGGAGAGAGCCCGGCUGCUCCAGCAGAUCGCAGAUGCCGAGUCUCGGUAUAAACAGCUGGAGAAAGAGUUUCAACUGUACAGAGAGCAACAGAACAUCAGACCCGAGUUCAGACUGCAGUCGGAGAUCAACCUGCUGACUCUGGAGAAGGUGGAGCUGGAGAGGAAGCUGGAGUCCACCACCAAGUCUAAGCUUCACUACAAGCAGCAGUGGGGGCGCGCCUUAAAAGAGCUGGCCAGGUUCAAACAGCGGGAGCAGGAAAACGCCAUGACACGUCUGAAGAAGCAACAGGCAGAGCUGGAUGCCAUGAGGCUGCGUUACCUGGCAACAGAGGAGAAGGAGGUGGUCCGACAAGACCGACAGGAGCUGGACGACAUCAGGAACGAACUCAACAGGUUGAAGCAGCAAGAGGGAAAAUUAGGCCCCACCUCCUACCUGCCUGGCUCCGCCCCUGGUCCAGGUGUUAACGAGAGCGCUGAUGAACACCUGAGCCGCCUGCUGGAGGAGAGGGACACUCUGCUGAGGACCGGAGUUUACACCCACGAGGACCGAAUCAUCGCAGAGCUCAACAGACAGAUACAGGACAUGAUGAGGGCCGGAGGGGACCACGGACAGCCGCUCACCUGAGACCGCAGAAGCGAAUGAGACGGCUUCUCGAAGGACGGACUCAGGUGAACGACCGAUCGGCCGGUUUCGAACAGUGAAACCAAUGAUGGGAAAUCGACAUCGUUACUAGUUAAUAGACUGAAGGUGAGGGUUCAGCGGCCUGGUCCAUUAAUCUGACUGCGCAUCGUCACUGAACCUGAGUGAAGCAUUAAUGGUGGUGGCGUGUGACAGCAGGUGGCGCUGCAACCUCACUAAAGACUGUGACAUUAAUUUAUUAUUUUCAUCAGGCCGCUCUGGUUCCUGUUUGUAUGGAAUAAAUUUAUUUUGGGAUAAAA